AUGAACGACACGAAUUCUCCCAGGGAGGAAGAUGAAAACUUCUGGGCGCCUGGUACCAUACGGCUCGAGGACAUGACAACACCGGCAUCAGAUGUCAUCCUCCACCCUGUGCCUAGCUCUGAUCCAGAUGAUCCGCUGAAUUGGAGUCGACUGCGAAAAGCCAUCAAUUUUGGUCUAGUCGGUUUUUUCGUGCUUUGGACCUUCGUACAGCUGCAAACAGGCUCAACAUCCUGGGGAUCUCUCAUGCGCGAACUGCACUUCUCCGUGGAUCAGUUGAACAACGGAGCUGCUAUGAGUUGUGCUGGACUUGCAGUCGGCUGUAUGAUCUUCAUGCCGUUUGUACACAAGUUCGGGCGACGGCCACUUUAUCUGAUCAGCUCAGCGCUGCAAUUGAGUUCAGUAAUUUGGCAGGCCAAGACUAGGACAUACGGUGACUGGAUGGGUAGCAACUUCCUUGCUGGACUUGGGGGUGCCAUCAGUGAGGCUGUUGUCCAGAUCACCAUUGCCGAUCUGUACUUUGUGCACCGACAUGGAACCAUGAACGCGUGGUACCUCGUCUUCACAUCUGUAGGUGCAUCCCUUGGCCCGGUGGCGUCUGGCUUCAUAGUGCAGUCCCAGGGUUGGAGAUGGAUUUGGUGGUGGUGCACAAUCUUCCUGUCGUUGAACCUCGCGCUCGUGUUGCUUUUCUUCGAAGAGUCAAAGUAUGUACCCGUCCUUAACGGCCGCAGUGUACACCAUGGUCCUUCUAGCUCAAGUGGACCAGAAACCUUGCACGCCGAGUCGGAAUCGCAGAAAGUUGCAGACGUCAAAGGGGACACCAAACACAGUAGCAUGGAGCGAGUGCCAUCUCGGAUUGACACAACCUUGCCACGGAAAACAUAUCGCCAGCGCUUGGCCCUCUUUACUUCUUCCAAUCAACCGAUCGGCCACCACUUCUACCAGCCAGUCAUAGUGUUGACCACCUUUCCAGCAGUUGGUUACGCCGCUCUCACGUAUGGCACAGUACUAGCGUGCUUGGCACUGAUGUCUUCGCUGCAGGCAGUGUACCUGCUGCAACCGCCGUACAACUUCGGGCCCUCUGGAGUAGGACUCAUGAACGUUGCUCCUUUUACUGGAUCGUUACUAGGAUUUUUCGCCGGAGGCUAUUUGAACGACAGAUCGAUUAUGUGGUUUGCGAGACGAAAUCGAGGAGUAUACGAACCGGAAAUGCGACUAUGGCUUGCUCUCGCUUCGGCACUGCUGCUUCCGGCUGGGAUUUUGAUGUUCGGAUUGGCGUUGGUGAGAGGCGUGCAUUGGAUGGUGUUAGCCGUGGGAUUCGGCUUGUUCGGCUUCACCUUCGUUCUGGCCAGCGGCAUCGCUCUGGCGUAUGUGACAGACUGUUAUCAAGAGAUUCUCGGAGACGUUAUGAUAGGCAUCGUCUUUGUCCGUAACUUAUUUGCCGUCGUCAUUCUUUUCGCAGUCACACCCUGGACAAAGGACAUGGGACUGCAAAACGUGUGUAUUAUCACAGCAGCCUUUUGUUUUGCGAUUCUGCUGCUUCCUAUACCCUUGCUAGUGUGGGGCAAGAAAAUUAGGAUUGCGACGGCGAAACGUUGA